CCCGGCUCACCGCGCCCCGCCUGGGUCCCGGCCCCGCGACUGGGGCGGACGAGGCGGACAGUGAGCCGGGAAGGAGCGAGCGCCAUGCGCCGCACCAGCCGCGACUAUAGCAAGUCCCUGCGCGGCGCCGAGGAGAUGGGCAGCGGGGCCGCCCCGCACGAGAGCCCCCCUCCGCCGGCGCCCGCCGCGCCCCGCUCGCUCUUCCCCGCGCUGCUGGGGCUGGGGCUGGGCCAGGUGGCCUGCAGCGUGGCGCUUUUCCUCUACUUCCGAGCGCAGAUGGAUCCUAAUAGAAUAUCAGAAGAUGACACUCACUGCAUUAAUAGAAUUUUCAAACUUCAGGAGAAUGCAGAUUUGCAAGACACAACUCUGGAAAGUCAAGACUCAAAAUUAAUACCUGAUUCCUGUAAGAGAAUUAAGCAGGCCUUUCAAGCAGCUGUGCAAAAGGAACUACAGCAUAUUGUUAGAUCACAGCAUAUGAGAGCAGAAAAGGCAGUGGCCGAAGGCUCCUGGUUAGAUAUGCCCAGGAGGGACAAGCCUGAUCUUCAGCCCUUUGCUCACCUUACCAUCAACGCCACUGACAUCCCAGCUGGGUCCCACAAAGUGAGCCUGUCCUCUUGGUACCAUGAUCGAGGCUGGGCCAAGAUCUCCAACAUGACGUUCAGCAAUGGAAAGCUCACAGUCAACCAAGAUGGCUUUUAUUACCUCUAUGCCAACAUCUGCUUCCGGCAUCAUGAAACUUCGGGAGACCUACCAACUGAGUACCUUCAGCUGAUGGUGUAUGUCACUAAAACCAGCAUCAAAAUCCCGAGCUCACAUACCCUUAUGAAAGGAGGAAGCACCAAAUACUGGUCAGGUAAUUCAGAAUUCCAUUUUUACUCCAUCAAUGUUGGAGGAUUUUUCAAGCUGCGGUCUGGUGAGGAAAUCAGCAUCGAGGUCUCCAACCCAUCACUACUUGACCCUGAUCAAGAUGCAACCUACUUUGGGGCUUUCAAAGUUCGUGAUAUAGACUGAACCCCUUCUUGUUGGUGUUAUCAAUCCUACAUUUCCCAGGAUUCAAGGAGAAACAUUUUUAAAUAAGAAAGAUGUACAUAGGUGUGUGAGACUACUCAGAGGCCUGACCUACAGUGGUGUAAGAAGACGCGUUCCUGCUUCAGACUCUGUGGAGAACGUGUACUUUUACAGCCUAUGGGAAACGUUGGACGCAAGCUGUUACAGUCUAAAGGCUUUCUUACACAAUGGUUUUGAAAUAUUGUAAUGAAUUCCUAGAAUUAAACCAGACUGGAGCAACUCUGGUUGUCCUUAAGGAAAACUGCAUUGAAGCUAUGGAAGAGGUUACUCAUCUGAAUCCUGCCCCUGGCCACAUGGGCCAUUAAGCAGCUGGAUGAUGGGUGUCUGAGGAAGGGAUGGGUUAAGUUCUUUUGAAUUGUUACAUCAUGCUGGAACCUGCAAAUAGAUACUUUUUUCUAAUGAGGAGGAUAAAAUAUAUGUAUUUUUAUAUAAUAUCUAAAGUUAUAUUUCAGAUGUAAUGUUUUUGUGCAAAGUAUUGUAAAUUAUAUUUGUGCUAUAGUAUUUGAUUCAAAAUAUUUAAAAAGUGUCUUGCUGUAGACAUAUUUAAUGUUUUAAAAUGUACAGACAUAUUUAACUGGUGCACUUUGUAAAUCCCCUGGGGAAAAACUUGCAGCUAAGGGGAAAAUAUUGUUUGCUAAUAUCAACUGUAUUCUAUUUCUCCACUCUUUUUAACUUAAUACAUUUUUCAAACAUGUCAAGUCUAUGGAAAAAAAAUUGAAAUGGAUAUCUUGAAUAAUAAGCAGGAUGUUGGCCACCAGGUGCCUUUCAAAUUUAGAAGCUAAUUGACUUUAGAAAGCUGACAUUGCCAAAAGGGAUACAUAAUGAUCUACUGGAAUCUGUCAGGAGUAUUUAUAUAAUUAUUGAACAGGUGUCUUUUUCUACAAGUGCUGCAAAUUAUAAAAUUUUUUAAUGGAUAAGUUAUCAGUUACUUAUCAGCAAAACCAAAUUUAAAUCACAUUUUUAACCUAGUGGAAGUUAUUUUAUUGUACAAUAAAAGCAUUGCCUUUGAAUGUUUUUUGGUAUGAAAAUACAUUUAUAAGAAAA